AAGCUGCCAUCGCCAAAAAUGCUCUUGUUACUCUCACUCUACUCCACUCGCCGUCAAUCCCCAUCACGAACCAAUCAACACCAAAACCAAGCAAUGCUCUCCUACACAUUCACCCUUAUCAACCCCCUCCCUGAGUUCCGCUCACCUCCCUUAAUCUCACCGCAAUGGCCUCCCUCUCCGCCGGGGACGACGACGACGACCUUGAAGAGUACAACCCUCCCUCUUUCCACGGCGGUUACGACAUCACCCUCACUACGGCCGCCCCCUCUCUCCUUCCCCCUCACCUGCUACCCUAUCUUCAAUGGAUCUGGUCACCGCCCCGAACCCUUAUCGUCACCUCCGGUCUCUGAUCACCGCCCCGAAACCUUAGCGUCACCUCUCUCACCCUCCCCUCCACCUUUGGAGCCAGAUCACCACCGGAACCCUACCGAGCAGCCGCCUUUGUAUGAUUACGGCUUAUUCUGGUCACCGCCCGGAGGUGCAACUGGCCGGAGCUUGACGUGCUCGGUUUCUGGCCGCCUGUGUGCGGGUCCGAGAUAGGCGGCGGUGCUGACGUGGAGGAAGUGGGCUACCGGAGUCUGUGGAAGAGGGCUGGGUAUUACCUUUUCGGGUACUCGCAGGGGUAUGGAGAGAGGAGGAUUGGGGUUGAUAGCUAUGGGAUUCCUGUUUAUGCUAAUAAGAGAGGAGUUAGUGAAGCUGUAAAUCUGCAGAUUGAGCAAGCGAGGGAUUUGAAGGUGGUUUUCCAUGAGAAUGACAGUUGGUCUCUGACUUCUUAUGAGAGGAAGGGUGAGAGCUAUGGUUAUGCUUAUAAUAAGUAUCACCAUAUGGAGCCUCUUCAUGUCGAAGAAAAAUUGACCGAGAAGACGUUGCAUCAAAGAUCGCCUUACCAUGAUGCUUAUGAGGAGCAAGCAUAUACUAAGCCGGAAUGGUGGUUUCCGACGUCACAUGAGAUGAAAGAUGAGAGCUAUGGCUAUGCGUAUAAUAAGUAUCAGUACACGGAACCUCUUCAUAUUGAAGAAAACUCGACUGAGACAAUGUUGCAUCAGAGAUUAACUUAUUAUGAUUUUGAUGAGGAGCAAGGGUAUCCUAAGCCAGAACGGUGGUUUUCAUCCUAUGAUGCGACAAAGGACCAGAGCUGCAGCUAUGAUUAUAACAAGUAUAAUAACUACAUGGAGCCUCUUCACAUUGAAGAAAACUUUAUGGACCCGAUGUUGCAUCAGAGAUUGACAUAUCAUGAUACUGAGGAGCAUACGUAUCCCAAGCAAUCUUCCUAUAGUGAGUUUGGGGAGAACAAUUUCCAUGUGGAUCAUCAGUAUUCAUGUGAAAGGCCCACCAAUGAACAGCCCCUUUCUUUUGAACUUGAACCAUACAAGCCAACUUGGUCCCAGAAUCUAAAUCAUCAGGAAUAUUAUGGCGGGGAAUUGUCGCUCCAGUCUUUUAAUUCUUCCGUGGAAAAUGGAUGGUGUGAGAGCAAUACAUUUGGAGACCCUAACAAUGCUUACAAAUGCCACUACUCUGACCAGCCCUUACAGAUUCAGCUUGAGCCUUUCAAGCCGGCAUGGGCUCAAAACUCCACUAUCAAUGAGCCAUACAUACAAGAAGGAUCUCCAUCAAGUUGUGUAAGAGCAUGAGAUCUGAAUUGUCAUGAUGACGAUGGUGACUGUAACAUCAUCAACAAUUUCGACUUUGAUCAAGUAUUCCACUCAAGAAAAGAUUUUGCUUUAACACCCUUCCAGGUGACUCCGAGUACUUCUAGUAAAUUAAUAUCUGGGCAUUUUCCAUCAGUUUGGCUCCUGUGAUUUUAUUUUGAUACUUUCUGGUGGAGAUAAAUGCAUUUUUAUUCAAGCAAAUUGCUUUUAGACUGUCAUCGCUUAGGAAAACAAUCCUGCAACUGCUUCUUCCCAAAGUGCAUGCGCUUAAAGUGCUAUCUUGUAUCAACUGUUUUUGCAAGCGACUUAUCACAGAUGUUGAGUGGGAGUUUUGGGCCUUAGGUGUAUCUUACUUGGGCCCCAGAAAUUUGAGUAUUUACUUUCACUGAACUGAGUGUAUCAACUUAGGGGUCCAUCAAUAUCAUGUAUUCAAUCAGGUAGGCCCCAAGACAAAACAGUGGGCAUCAACUACCAAAGAAUUCUUGUUGAUCAUCAUACUCAAAUGACUUAUAAGUAUAUGGUUAU